AUGGCAAGAGCAAUAAUCUCGUUCGGGCAUUUAAGCCGUUUCACACUCCGAGCCCCGUGGUGGAAAAAGCAACAGGAUUAUGCCGCCGUGAAAAGAAGCGAGGAUGAAGAAACCAUGGAUACGGCGGAACCUGUUUACCACCCCAACAUGCUCCGACGAGUUGCUUUAGGGCAUAUUGACAAAUCAACGAGGAUGAUAAAAUUCAUCUUCUUUUCCUUUGUUAUGCUCUUGGUACUGGCGUUCGUGGUUAUGUUCAUCUCUCAACUGGUAUUUGCUUCGAACCAACCGGCGCAAAAUAAUGUUCAGAAGUCCAAAAUGAACACAGCCUCCCCUUCGCCUCAGACCAUGCACCCGACCAGCUCUUAUGGGCAUGCGAUAUAUGACGGCCACCUUCAUCCUCCAGCAGCCAAAGGGAUGCGAUCAAUUCUAAAAUCACCAUGCGGCACCAAUGCCACUUCUGCGCGGGCAGCAGGCUGUCAUUUCGACAUUAUUUCUUUCGCAUGGCUCCACCAUAAGUGCUAUGAUGCCGAACUAUCCAAAUCGUUCUCCUCGAUCCACGAAUGGGAAUGGUUCCUCCAGCCGAAUCGGGAACAACCGGUCCUCGCGUCUGAGGCACUAUCAGGAAACUAUCCUGUCCUCUAUGUGAACUGGGAAUAUCACGUCCGGCACUGCACAUAUAUGUGGAAGAAGAUGCAUAGGGCAAUAUUGAAAGAAAACGGCCUUGAAACUAUCGAUUGGUAUAUUGCACCGUACGAACAUACCGAACAUUGCGCAGAGAUGCUGUUGUCAAGAGGUAAACACAUUGAGUUCGACGUCAUCAACACGGGAAUUCGAGUUAAAUAUCCGGACUGUGGCAUUGCCCCUGAACGAUGA